UCUUAUCGGAAACUGGACUUCCUGCUACAUUUGCUGGUCCUCAAAGGCUCAAGAUGGAUAUUUCCGAUUUUAUUAUAGGCGGUUCGGCCUCCGUUGGUGCAACUUUCUUCACAAAUCCAAUUGAGGUGAUAAAGAUUCGUAUUCAACUUCAAGGCGAACUGGCGGCACGUGGCACCUACGUGGAACCCUAUAAAGGAGUGAUACGCGCAUUCAUUGUUGUGGGGCGUAAUGAAGGGUUAACCGGUUUGCAGAAGGGGUUAGUGCCGGCGCUGUAUUUCCAAUUCAUAAUAAAUUCGUUUAGGUUAGGACUUUAUAAUACGGCUAUGGAGAAGAAAUGGAUGCACAAAAAGAAUGGUGAUGUUUCCUUUUCCCUGGGCCUAUUCUGGGGUGCAUUGGGUGGCUGUGUGGGCACAUAUUUUUCUAGUCCAUUUUUUCUGAUAAAAACACAAUUACAAUCCCAGGCCGCUAAAGCCAUAGCAGUUGGCUAUCAGCAUGAGCAUACUGGCACUUUUCAAGCGCUACGGCAAAUCUACGCACAAAGCGGCAUUACUGGCUUAUGGCGCGGUUCCAUGGCUGCUGUGCCACGCGCCGCAUUGGGUUCAGGAGCACAAAUUGCUACUUUCGGCAAGACGAAAACUAUGUUGCGCGACAACGGUUGGGUAACACAACCGACACUGAAUUCAUUUUGUGCCGGUGGCAUUGCUGGAUCUAUUAUGUCAUUGACUAUAACACCACCAGAUGUGAUAACGACGCGGCUGUACAAUCAGGGUGUUGAUGCGAGCGGAAAGGGUGUAUUCUACAACGGCUGGUUGGACUGUGUGGUAAAGAUUGUGCGCAGCGAGGGGCUACGUGGCUUAUACAAAGGAUUUUGGCCCAAUUAUUUGCGCAUUGCGCCACACUCUACCCUUGUGCUGCUAUUCUUCGAUGAAUUGCUAUCCAUUAGAAACAAAUAUUUUAAUUUUAAACUGCUUUAGAAUUUGUGAUAAAAAGCAUGCAUAUGCUGAUAUGAAUGCUGAUAGAUUUUUGAUAAUAUGUAAGUGUUAGAUGCGUAAUGGAACUCACACAUAACUUAUACAUGUAUUUGGAAGAAAGUACGCAAACGUGUUAGCUCAAUAUGCACAAUGCUUUAUAUAUAAAUUGAUAUGCAUGCAUGUACUAAUUUUAAUUGACUUAACUUUGAUAGUAAUCUGAAAGAUAAAAGUUGUUAUAUAUUUAAUUGUUUAAAUAAUGCAAAGCGUGCCUUGUAGUUAUAAAAAAAAUCCACAAAUAUCAAAACUUCCAUCUUGAAAAUAAUAAAAAUAUUGAACUCCGAGCUCAAAUAAAAUAAAAUUGUAAUUAAUGCGAUUAUGAAAUGUAAGCAAAUAAUUAGAGAAUAUUUAAAUGGUGAUAACAUAAAAUGAUAAAAAAUUCACAAAAAUGCUGGUCGAGGUCGUGUCUGAGACAUUUAGUGAUUAUUUACUAACUACAACUAUUGGUAAUACACAAUUUAAUAUAUGCAUAUGUAUGUAUGGCUG